AUGCAGCAGCUAUUGGCUACUUCCGAUACAACCAGCUUGAGUUACUGGUGGAACUGGAGGGUCUUGGUUUCUGCAAUCUGGGUAUUUACACCUAUGCUUGUAGCAUUCUUUCUUAUACGGAAAUAUGAAUCUUUGGAUUCAUGCAAAGGAAAAACUCAGCAGGAAGCACCUCAUUCGUUGUGUGCAAAUCAACCAUGGAGACCAUGUCUUAAUCAAAUUCACCCCAUUUGGUUGUUGGCUUAUCGACUUAUUUCCUUCUCGUUGCUUUUGCCAAUCCUCAUUGCCAAAGUUUGUCAUAAUGGAUUCGUCAUGUUUUAUUACUAUACCCAAUUGACUUUCACCUCUGUUACCAUUUAUUUUGGGUUUGGAUCACUGCUCUCCAUUUAUGGAUGUUACCAGUACUAUAAAAGGGGUGGUGCUGGAUUUUAUGAACCUCAUGUCCGGAGAGACACUGAGCAAGAGUAUUACAUACCUCUAACUCAUGGGGACAAGACAAAUAUACUGGAACAGAGAAAAUCCUCUGACCCCCAACAGGAAAUUCAUUCUUCUCAAGCUGCAAGCAUUUGUAGUUAUCUUUUUCAAGUUAUAUUCCAGAUGACUGCUGGUGCAGUGAUGCUUACUGAUUCUGUCUAUUGGUUCAUUAUUUUCCCGUUUCUUACCAUCAGAGAUUACUCACUGGAUUUUUUAACAGUGAAUAUGCAUUCGCUCAAUCUUGUCUUACUUCUUGGCGAUGCAGCUUUGAAUUGCUUGUGGAUUGUGCAUGCUUGUGUAUCAAUUUGGUGGCCAUACCCAUUUCUUGACUUGUCCUCGCCAUAUGCCCCGUUAUGGUUUGUACCUAGGACAUCUUAUUACUGUUCUGAUAUGAUGCCUUCAUGCCUGCCUUCAUCUGGUAUGGCUGAAUCUGGAUUCUUGAUCCUUGAGGAUUGCACUGAAGCAACAUUGUAUGUCACUUUGACACAAAAUGGUAAAGGCAAGAAGGACAGGGCAGCAAUGACGUUAACAGUCACGUUGGUGAAAAAGAGCAUGACGAUUGUGAUCGUCAACAAGAAAAUCAUGGCAACCUUAUCUGAGGAAGAGAAGAAACAAGAUGAUGGUGAUGACAUAGUUCAAGCGAAAAUACCCAGCAUUGGUUUUGAUUCUUUGACCGGAUUCGGUCAAGGUGCUAGGCUUGAUGAGAUCCUAUCCUUUAUGCUUGAAAAAAUUUGCAAGUUUGAUAUUGAUGGGUGGGCAUCUGUUGGGAUGGUUCCGUAUGUUGUCAUAUUUUAUUUGAGUAAUCUGCACAGAGAGAAAAAGGUUGUUGAGGAAAUGCCGAAAAGGAAGGAGGAUAAAAGAAUGAAUGUGUAUAUACCAAAAUGA